AUGGCGUGCUGGAGAAGGAUCCGUUCGAGACGCUGGACCAGGAGGGCGUGGGCGAACUGGUGCGUCUGGCCGUGGAGCGUGGUCGCGCGACGCGUCCCAAGAUCGAGUUGGGCAUCUGCGGCGAGCACGGCGGAGACCCGCAGUCGAUCGAGUUCUUUGAGAGGGUGGGUCUCAAGUACGUGUCGUGCUCUCCAAUGCGCGUGA